AUGAAUGUGGUAUCACUACAUCAAUGCUUCUUAGGGACUCUUCAGGCCAAUGCUGAAAUCAGGACUCAAGCCGAGCAACAACUUAAGAGUGCACAAAAGGAAAGAGGAUUUUUGGCUUGCUGUUUGGAUAUACUUAACUCUGCAGACAUAGAAUUACCCGUCAAAAAAGCUUGCCUUAUUUACUUUAAAAAUAUAAUUAUUAAGAACUGGAGGGAAAACGGAAGCAUUGACCACGAUGAGAAACCAAUUGUGAGAGAGAGAUUGCUUGCAACAAUCGUUCAUUCUGAUCGGAGUACCAAGGCAAUAUUCAUCCCCAUACUUAACGAAAUCCUUGUGACUGAUUAUCCAACAGAGUGGCCAGAUUUCUUAGACAGUACGACCAGACUUUUUGCUAACCCCAAUGAUCUCGAUUCCUUAUACACCGGAAUGUUAUGCUUUUCCGAACUAUGCCGGAAAUAUAGAUGGAUGAAAAAUGAAGAUAGAUCAUCACAGCUUGAUUCAAUUAUUAAGCAGUACUUUUCAAGUCUUUUACAGAUAGGUGGCCAGAUCAUAUCAGAUUCAGCGUCUAGUGAUUCACAUUGGCAACUACCGGAAAUCUUAAAACUCAUUUUGAAGUCAUACAAAUUCGUCACAUACUUGGAUCUUCCAGAACCAUUGCAGGAAGAGGAGGCAAUAUCCAAUUGGAUAGGAUUUCAUGUUGCUGUGAUGAAUAUAUCAUUACCCUCCAGUGCUAUGCAACUAGAUGAGGAGGAGAGACAUUUAAGCCCAUGGGUCAAGUCUCAAAAAUGGGCCUAUGCCAAUAUCCUUAACAUUUAUGUCAGAUAUGGCUCUAAAGGAUGGCUAUCUGAUGGUAGCUACACCCAAUUCAGGGCAUUAUUUUCGUCAAGCGUUGUUCCUGAACUGUUGAAAACUUACUUUGGUAAGAUCGAAGAAUGGAGACAAGGCCAUAGAUGGAUUAGUGAUGCUUCUCUUUACCAUAUAAUUUCAUUCAUCGAGCAUGCCGUCACACGAAAAUCAUCUUGGGGAAUUAUUCAGCCAUUUUUAAACAACCUGAUUAGUGAACUCGCCUUUCCCAUAUUUUAUCCAAAGGAUUCGGUGUUGGAACUUUUUGAGGACGAUCCCCAGGAAUACAUUAUGAUGACUUUUACUAUUGAAGAGACAAGCAAUUCUCCUGUCACAGCAGUGAGAAAUUUGAUUGCAACAUUGGCAGAGAAGCGCAAGGAUACUGCAUUAGAACCAAUAUUGCAGUUUGCAUACGGAAAAUUGAACUCUUUAACAUCGGAACAGGAUACAAUUAAUGUUGCAAGGCAAAGAGAAUCUGCAUUAAGAAUUAUUGGGUGUAUAUCCUCUCAGUUGGUUGAAGAGCAAUCACCAUUCAAGGAUCAGAUGGAAGUAUUUCUUUCAGCAUUAGUCUUCCCAAACUUUAAGUCACAAUUUGGCUUUCUAAGGGCAAGAACGUGUAAUGUCUCCUCAAAAUUUAGCAAACUAAGCUUUACAGAUCCAAACAAUUUGAGUGUAUUGUUUCAGGGAGUUAUGAACUGUUUCAAUGAUUCUGGACAUCUUCCUGUUCAGUUUGAAGGUGCUUUGGCUAUUCAGUCCUUUAUUGACUUCCCUCAGUUUAAGGAGGCAUUAGGAUCUAUAAUCGUUCCUACAACCGAAAAGCUACUAACACUUUCUGGUGCUAUCGACAGUGAUUUAAUUCCAUCCGUGAUUCAAUCAUGCGUGGAGAAUUAUUCCGAACAGCUCGAACCGUUCGGAAUAAGUUUGACUGCAAAGCUUUCUGAACAAUUAAUGAAGCUUUUGGAGGAGUUGAAUGAAGCUCAGAGCGCGGAUCCGGACGAUUUUGACUCAGAUGAAUUAGGAUCCAAAACUAAUGCCGCUCUUGGCAUUUUUAGUACCUUACUCACAGUUCUUUUGUACUUUGAAAAUUCGGCUCAGAAGAUAGCUAAGCUUGAGCAAAUCUAUGCUCCUGUUUUGCAUUACGUGCUGGCCAAAGAUUUGGACAGCUUCUUUGCGGAAACAUUUGAGAUGCUGGAGAAUACCACUUUUCUCACUAGAAACGUCUCCCCCACCAUGUGGUCAUUGUUUGAGGAUUCACUUAGAGCCCUAAUGAAUUCAGAUUUAUCGUUGAAUUUAGAGGACGCUAUGCCUGCUUUGAAGAACUAUAUGGUUUAUGGCGCUUCAACAAUUAAGACAAAUAGUGAAUAUCAGCAGGCCAUGAUUGGAAUGGUAAUGAAGGUGUUUAACAAAGAUGGAGAUUUUGCUCCCGAUGAUGUCAUGAAUGCUGCAGAAUUAAGCACUUAUAUUAUUUUAGCAUUAGACUCGAAUUCUGCAGGACCAUAUGUUCCACAUUUGGUCAAAAAAUCGUUGGAAAUGAUGACUUUUGAAGAAGCCGAACAGCCUGGAAACGUUUAUAAGAUAAUAAUGGCGAAUGUCAUUAUUGCUUCUCUGGUGGUUGAUCCAAACCAUUGCCUUCAGACAUUGAUUGAAACGAGUUCUACAGAUAGCUUUUUCAACUUGUGGAAUGAACUUUGCACAUCUUACAAGCGGGUUUUUGACAUGAAACUUUCAAUAAUGGGACUUUUGAGUUUCUUGAGUAUUGACAUGGAAUCUCUUUCACAAAUGAACCUUGAAGGGGUGAUACCUCAGUUCGGAAAGAAUCUUACAAUUUUGCUAACCGCUGUACCUAAGGCCAUCAGUGAAUUGGAAAAGAAGAGAAAGGAUAUGGCUGAUACAGAUGGCAGUAAUGAGAUUACCGAUGAGUUUAUUUUUGGCGAUAAUGGCGAAGAUAGUGACGAGGAUGAAAAUAAUGAACAGGAAAAUAGAGACCUUGCAGAGGCAGCGGAAACAGGCGGCUUUGUUCUCGAUGACGAUUACAUCGAACAGUUUGGAUUUGCUACAGAUGAUACAUUUGAUGAGGAUCCAUAUGCAAACACGCCUUUGGACAACCUCAAUAUCUUUAAAACGUUUAAGGAUUUCAUCUUGUCCGUCCAAGCCAGCGAUUCAAAUAAAUACAGUAGCAUCAUUUCACAAUUGAAUCCUGAACAAAUGGAUACAAUUUCAAAUAUUGUUCAGAUAGCGUCGAACUAA